AUGGCGGCACUACUGCAGCAAGUGUUAGAAACAUCGGAGAUAUCGAAGCUGUCAAAAAUUCUACAAAACAAGCUCGAGAGGAUUCUUUCGGAUCAGCAGUUUGAAAUCGAUUCUUUGAAAGCACAACAGGAACAGUUUCGGGUUGACAACGAACAACACUUCUUUGAAAAGGUGAAACAACUUGAACAGUGUCAGGAGAAUUUUUUGUCCCAGUCUCAAGAGCAUCUCAGACUCAAAGAGGAGUUUACGAAGCUCGAGGAAGAACUUAAGAAUGUUCGUGAGAAAAACAGGGUCAAUGAAUCCAACCAAGAGAGGCUGUCAUCAGAGCAGUCUGUGCUGUCAAAAGCCAAAGAGGAGCUGGAGGCAGAAAAGCGAGAGCUUCUACGAACGCUUGAGAGAAGGUCCUUGGAAGUGGAGAAUUUAAAUGACGAUGUCAGGCAGCUCAACGAGAAGCUGGUGGAAGUCAACUCCUCCAAGAUGGCCUUACAGAUGAAACUGGAUGAACUUGAAGCAGCUGAAGUGAACAUCAAGUAUAAAGAGAAGCGUAUGGAACAAGAGAAAGAGCUGCUGCAUGGCCAGACAUCCUGGUUGAACGAGGAACUAAAGGCUAAGAGUGAGGAGCUCCUGUCCCUGUCCCGAGAGAAAGGAAACCAGAUCCUGGAACUGAAGUGCAGCCUGGAGGACAAGACAGAGGAGUUGAACAGAGUCCAAGAUCAAGUGAGCAGUUUGAAAACAUUGAAUGAAAACCUUCAAAAACAAAAUGAGGACAUGGUCAGCAAACUCAGAGAAUCUAAGGAACAACAAGUGACCAUGGAGGAGAGGUUCAGAAAUGAGCUCAAUGCCAACAUUAAACUUUCCAAUCUCUACAAGGGAGCAGCAGCAGAUUCUGAAGCAAAAAGUGAAGAGCUGAGUCGAGCAGUGGAGGAGCUUCAUAAGCUGCUGAAGGAUGCAGGAGAAGCCAACAAAGCCCUCGAAGAAAAGGUGCAGGAGAUGAACAGUGCCACAGACAAAAGUGUAGCCGAGCUAAAGGAGAAGAUCCAGGCUCUUGAGAAGGAGCUGGACAAUGCCAAUGAGCUGCUGUCAAGUUCUAAACUUAGAGGCCCUGUCAGUACAUCGUCUGUGCUCACAGAGGAGCAAAUAACAACAAUGUCACCAACAGCAGCUGCUGUAUCCAAGAUAAAGCCUGGCAUGAAGCUCACAGAGCUGUAUACAGCAUAUUUGGAGAGCCAGGAACAGCUACAGCUGGAGCGACUGGAGAACAAGCGGGUCAACAAGUACCUGGAUGACAUUGUGCAGGAAGUAGAGGCAAAAGCUCCUAUCCUCAAACGACAAAGGGAUGAACAUGAACGCAUGCAGAAGUCAGUGGCCAGUCUCUCUGCCAAGCUGGAGCAGGCUAUAAAGGAGGUGCACCGUCUGCAGAAGGACGCUGAUGAAGCUAACAAGCGUUCCUCUGUUCUGGAAAGAGAAAACCAGAGGUGUGAACUUCAGAUAGCAGACAUGGCUCAGCAGGUGCGCGUGCUGCUGAUCGAGCUGGAAGAGGCUCGAGGAAACCAUGUGCUUCAGGAAGAGGAGGUGAGCUCAGCUGAUGUCAGCAGCACAUCAGAGGUGAUCAGCCAACACUUGGUGACUUUCCGCAGCGUUGGGGAGCUACAGAAGCAGAAUCAGCGUCUUUUGGUAGCCCUUAGAGAGCUCAGUGAUGCUCAGGAGAAAGAGGAGUUGGAAGCCACUGGCAAUAAGCAUGGUGAAUUAGAGCAGAGUUUGGAGAAAGCCCAGACUGAGCUUGAGUCCCUAAAGGAGCAACGAAGCCAGCAGCUGAAGAUGACAGAGUCCAUCGUCAAGCAGAGAGACAUGUACCGUGUUCUGCUGGCUCAGGCAACUGGGGUCAGCUUCCCUCAGCAAGGUACACCCCCUGAGGAGUUCUCAAUGACUUCUACCCCUCGUCGCUCACCUGCAGCCAUUCCCUCUUCGGGAACGCCCACUGCACUUGUGUCCAUGGCUACAGAGUCUGCAGAGGCAUUGGAGGCCAAGGCUGCUCUACGGCAGUUACAGGAGGUGUUCACCACUUAUAAGAAAGAGCGUGUGGAGAGUGACAAAGCACUGACAGAGCAGAAUGAGAAGCUCCAGGAGCAACUAUCUGAUCUCCAUUCCCAGAAUGCAAAGGUUUCUACCCAGUUGGACUUUGCUUCAAAGAGAUAUGAGAUGCUGCAAGACAACGUGGAGGGCUACAGGAAAGAGAUUGCCUCCCUCAGAGAGAAAGGACAGAAGAUGGCCGCUGCCACACAGAAGCAGGAGCAGACCAUUAACACUCUUAAUGAGGAUCUGAGAGCUGCCAAUGAGAAACUUUCCAUGGCUGAGGGUCAAGCUGAGAGCCUUCGUAGGGAGAGAGACAUGCUGAAGCUGGUGGAGUCAAGGCUGAGCCAGGAGAAAGAGACGAUCCUGGGCCAGCAACAAACCCAGAAUAUGCUGCUGACCAAUCUACAGACCAUUCAGGCCACACUUGAGCGUUCAGAGACUGAUACACGUCAGCGUCUUAACAGCCAGUUGGAGAAGCAGGAACGAGAGAUCUCCCAGCUGCAGAAGAGGCUGGAGCACGAGGUGGAGCAGCGCCACCUGCUGAGCAGAAACCAGGAAAUCCAACUGAUGGAUGCUAAACGCCAGCUGGAGGCACAGAUGACUUCACACAAGAAGACAAAGGAGCUGCUGAACACUGCUGAGUUGGAACUCAGAAAUCUGCGGAUGCAGCUAGGCAGUAGCGAAGGACGCCACAUCCUGAGCACUCCUUCCACACCUAUUAGCAGAGGCCUGCCGGGUGUAGAUCAAGACAGAGAGGAUCUACAGGCUCGUCUGCGGCUGGCUGAAAACCGAGCAGAGGAGCUGGCAGAAAACCUCAGAGCAGUCACCUCCAGCAUGGAGCAGUACCGCGCCAUGGCUCAGAGCCUGGAGGAAACCCUGGACAAAGAGAAACAGGUAACAGAGCAAGCACGCUCCACAAUCGAAGCUCGUAUGAAGGACUCAGAGAAGCAGCUCCUUGGACUGGAGGAGAAGCUUGCAGAGGCAGACAAACAGAAACAAGACUUAGAGGAGCAGAAGAACAAAGUUCUCGCCUCCAUGGAGGAGCAGAUGAACAGUCUAAGGAGAAGCCUCAGCAGUGCCCAGGCAGAUCACCAGGCAGCGCUACAGAAAGUCUCUGUUGCUGAAGCUCAAAAGAUGCAAGUUCUGCAAGACAGCCAAGAACAGGCGAAGUUGGCAGCUGAAGCACAAGACAAGUAUGAGCGAGAGAUGCUGCUGCAUGCAGCAGAUGUAGAGGCCCUGCAGGCUGCUAAAGCUCAGGCUCUGCAGGCUGUUGAGCACAGACAUCAGCUUGAAGAAAGAGCACAGAGGACCAGUGCCGAGCUACUGGAGGCCAGGGUGUCGUGGCAGGAGCAGGAGAAGAUCCUCAAGGAGGAAGUGGCUAAGAUGGAGAAAAGCCAUGAGCAGUUGCAGAAGCAGAACACCCUCCUGCAUGAGCAGAUUCAGACAAUGAGCAGCAGGAUGGCUGAGAGAUUGCAGCAUGCUGUUAAUGAGAGUUCUAUGAACAUCUCCCUGACUGAAGAAGGCAAAUCUCAAGACCAAGUCCUUGAGAUUCUCAGGUUUGUUCGUCGAGAGAAGGAGCUUGCUGAGUCUCGCUUUGAGGUUGCCCAAGGGGAGAGUUUACGAAACCGCCUGAGGGUGGAGCACCUGGAACGAGAGCUGAAGGAUGCGCAGGAAAGCUUAAGUGCCGCGAAGGAGAGGAUGCAGGUGACAGCAAAGACACUGGCUCAACAUGACGAAUUGAUGAAGAAGACUGAAACAAUGAGCAUCCUGGUGGAAACCAACAAGAUGCUGAGGGAGGAAAAGGAAAAGAUGGAGCAAGAACUGCAGCAAGCACAAGCUAAGGUUCAAAAGAUGGAAUCAGACAUAAUGCCGCUACAGCAGGCUAACUCUGAGCUGAGUGAAAAGAGCGGCGUGCUGCAGGCUGAGAAGAAGAUACUGGAGGAAGAUAUCAAGCGCUGGAAAGCUCGAACCCAGCAUUUGGUGACCCAGCAAAAAGAUUCAGAUCCGGAGGAGUACAAGCGACUGCACUCUGAGAAAGAGGCACAUUUGAAGCAUGUUCAUCAGCUCACUGAGGAGAAUACAAGACUUAAAGCAGAGGCUAGCAGAGCCAGUCACUUACUGACAUCCCUGCAAACCCAGAUACAAAACUUGCGUGAAAACAUGGGAAAGAUAACAGUAGAAAGGAACGCUCUGAAGAGUGAAGUUGAGGCGAAGAACCUAGACAUUGCAGAUAAAGUUAGAACCAUCACCCAGGUAAAGAAGAUCGGAAGACGCUACAAGACUCAGUAUGAUGAACUCAAGGUGGAACACGAGAAGUUGGUAGCUGAGGCCGCAGCAGGCCCGUCCCAAGAAGAAGAAGCUCGUCAAGCUUCAGCUCAGGAGCUGCAGACCUUCAGAAACUCUCUGAUCCAGGCUGAAGCAAAGAACAAAGAAAUUGAAGGGCAGCUGGAGAACAUGAACAAGGUGGUCACAGAGCGUGAGAUGGAAGCACGUAAUGCCCAGGAACAAUCAGCCAGACUGCAGACAGAGCUGACCCGGUUGAGGCAGGAGCUGCAGGAGAAAGUUUCUCAAGAGGUCACACUGAAACAGCAGAUGGCCGAGAAGGAGGAGAAGACCAAGAAGGCCAUCCUUUCUGCCAAACAGAAGAUCAAUCAGCUUGUGGGUACUAGAGAUCAGCUGCAGAAGGAAAAUGUGGAGCUGAAGCAGCAACGUGAUGAGUUGGAGGGGCGAGUGAGCGCUCUGAAGUCUCAGUAUGAGGGCCGUCUAAAUCGACAGGAGCGAGAGCUGAGAGACCUCAGAGGCCAAGAGCAGAGAGAUGAGCAGCCUGAGGCAGGCCCCAGCAAGACCCAGGAGCAGCAGAGGAGCACAGAGCAGAGACAAAUUAAUCUAAAGACAACCCCGGUUGCAGACAGGGGCAGUGCCAGCACAUCUGAGCCCCCCACUGCCAACAUCAAGCCAACACCUGUGGUGGCUACUGGCAGUAAGCAGCCUGUCAAUCCAGGAAACAAACCUACUCCACGAGCAAGCAUCAGACCAAUGAUAACUCCUGCUCCUGUUCCCACCCCAACACCCACAGCAACUGUCAUGCCCACCACACAGGUGGAGACCCAGGAAGCCAUGCAGUCAUCUGAAGGCCCACCUGUGGAGCAUGUGACGGUGUACGGCAGUGCCAGUGGCUCCGUGCGCUCCGCCAGCCCCAACGUCCAGACCACGUUAGCUGGCCCCAUGCUAACUGUGCAACAGACCCAGACACAGGCCACAGCUUUUGUCCAGCCAACUCAGCAGCAGAGUGUGACCCAUGCAGAGCCAGCCAAUCAGGAACCGCCAGCUGUGGUUAUUGAGGCAACACCUAGCUCGCAGGUGGAAUGGCCUUCAACGUCCUCUACCUCCUCUGUGUUUGGGACCGUUUCAGCAACACCAGGAACCAUCUCCAUGUCCAAGAGGCCCCGUGAGGAGGAGGAGAGUUCCACCAUGGUCACUGACACAGAAACAACCCAGGAGGACUCAAGGGCUCCCAUACCAAAGAAGCUGCGGAUCAUCCAGAGAGUUGGUCCAGAGGAGGAGGUGAUUGUGGAAGACAGUGCUGAGGCUGAAGGGGUGGUGCCAACAGACAGUCAGGAUGGUGCAGAGGCAAGCCAGGCUGAGGAGUUCCCAGCACUGGAGGAAGGAGAUGACAUCUCAGCAUUAUCCCAGACCAUCCACAUUGACCAAGAAGUGACCCUUAGUCUAAGUGAAAUUCCUGACCAGCUGCAGCAGGAAGUCAUCGUCAUAGUGACAGACACAGAGAGUGACGAAGACCAAGAAGAGGAGGACGAAGAGGAAGAAGAGCAGGAUUAUGAGGAAGAGGAAGAAGACGAAGAGGAAGAAGAGGAGGAGGAAGAUGAGGAGGAUGAUGAUGAGGAGGAUGAUGGAGAGAUGGGGGAGGAAGGGGAAGAAAGUAAUGAGGGGAGCGGAGACGGGAAUGAGGCAUAUGAAGGAGACGAUGCAGAGGGAGGUGAUGUAACAGACCCAGGCACAGAGACAGAGGAGAGUUUGGGGGCGUCUGACUCCACCCAGAGGCCAGCGGAUUCCCAGACACCCAGCUUUGAAGGAAGUGCAAUGGAGGCCUUUUCUACAGAACAACCAAUCAGCAGCUCUGGCACAAGGAUGCCCCAAUCACCACGCAGACCGACCCAUCAGCUGCCCCCUCGUUUAAACAUCCACCCUGCUCCCUCAUCAGAGCUGGGGCCACCUGCUCAGGUUCAGCGUAUCCCUGUUCGUCGAGUUCCUCAGCUCACUCCUGGUGUGCAGAGCAGUGCUCAGCACUUCUUUGAUGAUGAUGACAGGAUGGUCCCCAGCACGCCCACUCUGGUGGUGCAUCGCUCUGAUGGAUUUGACCAGGCAAUCCAUUCUCCUCAGGUCGCCGGUGUUCCUCGCUUCAGGUUUGGUCCUUCAGACGACAUGCCACAGACCAGCUCAUCCUCCCACUCUGACCUGGGACAGCUCGCUUCACAAGGAGGUCUUGGGUUGUAUGAGAGUCCAUUGUUUCUAGCAACUCAUGAGGAGGAGUCUGGUGGACGCAGCGUUCCCACUACACCACUACAAGUUGCAGCACCAGUAACCGUCUUCUCAGAGGCGGCUCAGUCUGACACCACUGAACACGCCUCCCAGUCAGUUCCCAUGGUGAGCACGUCCACACCAGGCCUGGUUGUGCCAGGAGGAGCUGGCACAGGGGAGGAGAGGGAGGAUGUUUUCCUGGAGCCUGACACAGAUAGGCCCAGUGCAGAGGUGUCAGUUGAUCCAGUGGUCUCACAGGGAGAUGCAGAGGAGUCUAGCCAAACAUCCGACAAGUCCAGCCUCCCCUCCACCAGUCAGGAGCCCUCCUCCAGCUCUGCAGACACAAGCAGUGCUCCACCCAAACCCUCUAGACCAGGACCCAGUAGAUUGCUGCAGCGCUGGCCAGAAAACAGAGGUGGACGCCUGAAAAGAGGAGGAUUUCCUUCUCGGUUUUCUCGGGGUUUCCAUGGAAGACGUUUCCAGAGAUGAAGCACUAAUCUGAAAACUUGACAACCAAGAGUGGACAACUUUUCAUUGUCAUCAGGAUUAUGUCAAUCCCAAGUUUGUUUUUUCCUGAUGCUUAAAAAUGUUAACUUGCUCUGAAGCCUGUUUUUUUCCUUCUUUUUUAUGUGCUUAAAAAGUGCUAUUUUGUAAACAGUUCAUGCUGAAGCAGUGUGUUUUACGAAGAAUGUAAUAAACGUUAAAACUACAA